CUCUCUACUUUCGUCUUCCCCACUCCGCCCCCUCCUCUCUCCCUCCAUUACGGGAAAAAAGCCGACACCCAGACGGAAAGGUGCGGACCGGAGGAGGAAACCCCGCGCAAGAACAUCACUUUUCCGUCCGAUUUGACGGCCCGCUUUCCUUCCGGGAGCUAGCCGGCCGUAUGCGCCGUCGCGGCCGGUUAUAUCACACCGUGCGCCUGGGCCGUCAACGGCUACCUGCGCCACUCCAUGGAACAUCGGGCAGCCCGGCAAGAGAAGGAGCAGGAGGCGCCGCCGAUCCCUCCACCCAGGGAAAACGAAGAGGACAGAGAGCUGAAGCUAUCCUCUCGUGUGGUCUCUUUGCUCUUUGGUGGUGAUAUCUCAACACCAGCACAGACAUUCGAGAAAUGGGUGUCGUUGGUACGUAAGCGGAGUGGGACAUUCCGUCCAUCAGGGUUCCCGCGUCGCAGUUCCAGGAUUGAAGUGAUGCCAAGUGGAAGCUUCUCGCUAUUUGGCAGCGCAGACUUAAGUGAGCAAGUGGUUAAAGCAGAAACGAGCAGAGAAAAGAAUCCUACAUUUGAUCAGCCUCCUGAAAUAAGCGUGUGGGAGAGGCUUGGGAGUUCUUCUGCAUUAGACAUUGAGUCAUCUGACUUCUCAUGGACUAUGCUGUCAUCUCUGCACCAUACAGAACACAGCAGUAGUUCGGAACACUCUGAAGAUGAGAUGAGUAAAGCUCUUGAGGUGACUGUGAACUCUGGUGGCGUUGUAUUCUUUGCUCUAUUUAAUUCUUUGGAUAACAACGGUUUACCAAAAGAAGAAGCAGCUGUUAUAAAGUUUGCAGCAUCAAAGAUGGCAACACAGGCAGAACUUUUGGGCUAUGAAUUUGCACGCUUGCUUGGAGUCCAAACACCACAAGCUAGAGUAGUACAUAAUUCUAGCCUGGAGUGGCAGGAGAUUAGACAUGCUGCGGAAAAUGCACGAGAGAUAGCGGUUUCGAAUAAAGAUGAGAUUGGUGAGAUGACUUGCUCAGAAUUGUUGGAAGCUCUUGAGCUAAGCCGUUGUCUUCUUCUAAUGAGUUAUAUUCAUGGCUCACCCCUGCUUGAGAGUUCAAGGGCAUUCAGUUCACAGAAAGCUGCAUGUGCUACUUCUUCAUCCCUUGGAAGGGUCUUGAUGCUAGAUCUGAUACUCAGGAAUGAGGAUAGGCUCCCAUGCCGUCAGCUUGGUUGGCGUGGCAAUCCCGCGAACCUGAUGAUUUCAGAAAGAUCAUCCUUCCCGAGUGUGGACAGAUUUGAGGAUUCAAAGAGCACUUCAGAGAGCCCAAAUCCAUUGCUUUCUAAAGAGAAACGGUUUCACUCUGCAAAUGGAAGAUUAGAUUCUCUCGAGGUGGACCUCAUGUCACGAAAAGCGGAUGCGUCUACAAGUAGACUAGAAAAUGCUGGAAGUACGAGUGGGACUUUGCAGAUUGUAGCAAUUGACACUGGGGUGCCCCGUCGCCCGCCUGCAGGGAGACGUUUGAAAGAUCAUGAACGAUAUCCCAAAGUUGUAGAGCUCAUUUUGAAUAACUCGGACUACUCCUCAAAUAUCUUGUGUGAGAUUUCUGGUGGUAAACUUGGGCUUUCUGGACCUGAUGAGUCAAUUACUUCCAUUGAUUCUUGUUGCUCUCUUUCUGAUGAAGAAAAUGCUUCUGCGAUUCACGAAUUCCGAGUGGCAUUUCGUGCAGCUCUUAGAGAUCUUGAGGGGUUCCAUCUGUUUCUUCUCCAGCUAUACCAAAAACUGGAUGGUGUUCUGCGAGUUUUCUCGUCCAUAAUUACUAAAAGCUCCGAGGAACCUGACCAUAAUGACAUUGCAGUUUCAGAUUUUCCAUCUCCAGGAGUCAACUACAGUACUCCUUGCCCACCUAAUAAGCAACUAAACAGUGAGCUUCAUAGUGACUCUGGAGUUCUUAAAUCAGCAACAAAGACAUCUUCUGCAGGAUCCCGGGGAAGCUUAGAUUCAGUUUCUCCUAUGUCCAGGGACAGUUGGAGCAAUAAACAUUUGAGGGGGGGUGCAGAUUCUUCUCGAAGUCUAAGAAUGACAAUGAAACUUCGUGAUUUUCACAAGACUCCAAAGGUUGAUCUAGAUCCUGAGUUGACCAAGGAGAUAGAACAAUGGAACGAAGCGUUUAAGAGCGAUGUGAUCAGAUUUUGUCAGGAGAACAAUUUUCAUUCUGGAUUCUUUGAUGGAACUGAGAACAACAUGGUGGGAGAUGCCUAUGAGUUAAAGGUGCGUCUUGAGCACAUCAUUGAAAGGAUAGCCUUGGUCUCUGAUGCUGCAAAUACGGAGCGACCUUCUCUUGUGAUCAACAACGUAUUUAUAGGUGGGGCUCUUGCUGCAAGAUCUAAGUAUACCCUUCAGCAUUUGGGCAUUACCCAUGUACUAUGCUUGUGUUCAAAUGAGAUUGGUCAAUCGGAUACCCAGUUUCCUGAUCUUUUUCAGUACAAGAACUUCUCAAUUAGUGAUGAUGAUGAUGCAAACAUCAGUGAUCUUUUUGAAGAAGCAUCAGAUUUUAUCGAUCAGGUCGAUGUUGUUGGGGGUAAGGUUCUCAUUCAUUGCUUUGAAGGGAAAAGUCGGAGUGCCACAGUUGUCCUUGCCUACUUGAUGCUCAGAAAGGGCUUCACUCUCGCGAAAGCCUGGAACUUACUAAAGAAAGUACACCGUCGGGCACAACCAAAUGACGGUUUCGCCAAGGCCCUGCUAGCUCUAGACAAGAAACUGCACGGCAAGGUGUCGAUGGACUGGCAGCAGAAGCGUCCAGAGAUGAAGGUGUGCCCAAUAUGCAGCAAGAACGUGGGCCUGAGCACAAGCUCGCUCAAGCUGCAUCUGCAGAAGGCGCACAGGCGGCUAUCUCAAGGCAGUGUGGACAGCGCCAUGACCAUGGAGAUCCAGAAAUCGAUCCAGUCGCUCCGGAUCAGCCGUGGUGGGAGCCUGAGCCCUUCUCAGAAGCUGGCUAAGGCAUUUGCCGAUGAGCUGAGCUUCUGAUCAUUGGAUCUCUUGUACCAUCUGCUAUGACUUGUACUCUAGUGAUCAAGCUGUUGAGAAAACGGGAGUCAAGUGUGAGCAAAGAAAUGUUCAGGUUUACAGUUCAAGCGCCCAUGUGGUCAGCCCACACAAUGUUCAUGAUUCGGCCCAACACCUAGAAAUAAAAUUAUAGACAAUGUCUUCAACGGGAGUAUCAUAUUUGUA